GUUUACAACAUCAUCAAUUAUUUGCACAAGAAGUACAACGUCUAUCUCUCAUCGAUAUGGAACCUUCUGACACCUCACCUUCUUCUCAUUCCACUGUUUAUCGACCAUUAUUUACAUCGAAUAUGGAAGCACAAUUUAUGAGUACAUUAGCGAAAGAGCAAGUAAAGACAUUAACUAAAUUUAGGGGUUCGGAAUCGGAAGAUGUUACUCCAUGGCUUAAACAUAUUGAAGAAGUAUUUGAUCGUGCUCUAAUACAAUCGUCCAAUAAAUAUCUAGCAAUCCAAUCUUACUUAACCGAUGCAGCACUUAAAUGGUUCCGUUUUAACAAGACAAACAUGCUGGAUUGGUCGUCAUUUAAAAUC